AUGUCGCGAGGAGUGGAUGUCACCCAGCUGGACAUGACCCCAUUGGACUUCACCGGGGAAGAUGGCUUCAAAAAGUCCAUCUUCGAUUUCACGUGUGAACAGGAAGGGACGGUUACCAUCUACGGGAAAGAGUAUAAUUUACCAGAUCAGGUAUGGGAAGUAACCCGCAUCCCAGGUGGUUGGAUCUCAUCCAGUGUGCAGAUCUUCAAAACCUACCGGGAGAUAAAGAAUUCUAUGGCCUAUCAAGUGGGCGCUGGAGUAAACACCGGCAAGUUCGGCUUUUCUGCAAGUCAUUCUUACGAGCGCAUGCAGAACACCAUCGUGAAUACGUCGAGUUACAUCGAGGAGGUUUCCUCCUUCGACUCGGCCGUGCGAGCUGACCUCGUGCCUCAGUGGGAACUGAAGUUGGGCAAGUUCAUAUCUUCGUUCGUCGACCUUCAGCUGCCUCCAACUUUCGCGCAAGACCCUGCUGCUUAUGAUAAAUUCAUUGCACAAUUUGGAACGCACUAUUUCCAAAAUGGAAAAUAUGGAGGUGUUCUUAAGCUCGUAUUGGAGACAAAAUCCGAAUAUUUCUCUUCGAAAACUGAUGUGCAGGUGAAAAACCAAGCCGAAGCUUCCUUCCUUCAGGCUUUCAAGCUCGAUGGAAGCCAAUCUCAAGGAAAGACAAAUAUUGACGAGAGAUUUAAAGAGCUGACCACCAAAACCAUCAGGUACUAUGGUGGCAACACAAACUUGUUAUCGUCCUCGGGGAUAAAUGACUGGCAACCGACGGUGGCGGCCAAUCCAUGGCUGUUUGCGGGAGAUCUGGCUCCCAUCAGCAUUCUCAUCCAGGACCCAAAGAAGCGUGCAUCCAUGGAUCAGGCCGUCACCAACUACAUCCUGCGUAGCUAUUUGGCCGAGCUGAGCAGGAUUGUACAAGCUGUGCGUUCUCGUUGGAAGUCAGCCCAGUCCGAGCUGAACGCACUGAAGACUCGAAUCGAUGCACUCCAAAGCAAACCCAUACUGGACCAGACGGAGGUGGGCCGUCUUGGGGAUGAAGUGGAAAGCCAAGUGGUCAUUCCAUACUGGUUCACUGAGGAGACUCAAUUAUGCUAUUAUGUCUUCAGGAUAUCCUAUAAAGACAUGGGGACAAGUCGUCCAGAUAGGGACAUCCCUGGGAUAUCCCUGUACUAUGGUGGCAACACAAACUUGCUAUCGUCCUCGGGAAUAGAAGACUGGCAACCGACGGUGGCGGCCAAUCCAUGGCUGUUUGCGGGAGAUCUGGCUCCCAUCAGUACUCUGAUCCAGGACCCAAAGAAGCGUGCAUCCAUGGAGCAGGCCGUCACCAACUACAUCUUGCGUAGCUAUUUGGCCGAGCUGAGCAAGACUGUACAAGCUGUGCGUUCUCGUUGGAAGUCAGCCCAGUCCGAGCUGAACUCACUGACGACUCGAAUCGAUGCACUCCAAAGCAAACCCAUACUGGACCAGACGGAGGUGGGCCGUCUUGGGGAUGAAGUGGAAAGCCAAGUGGUCAUUCCAUACUGGUUCACUGAGGAGACUCAAUUAUGCUAUCACUGGAUCGCCCAAAGGGACGCUGGCCAGUGUGGAGGCUCCGGCGGCAUGCAGUGUGCCAAGCCCGGCCAGAUGACCAGCAAUUACCGGGAUGACACGGACAAACGUAAAGGCGGAUGCCUAAUCGGUUGGACCAUCCAGUCCAAGCAGGAACCCUCAUGGUUCGACUCGGUUAAGGUCUGUUUCCGAUGGGAGGCAGAAGAUGCACGGGGUCGGGGCCAGUGUGGGGGAGGUGCGCCCAGCAGCAUGUGUGCACCGAUCAACGCUUGGACUCAGUACUAUCUCGACGACACAGACAACGGACGUGGCGGCUGCCGCAUGUCGUGGAAACUAGAAAUCCCCAGUUCCGCUCCCGUCUGGCUCCAGAACGUCAAGAUGUGCUUCUCCUGGUUUCCGGAUGGCGAUUCCAACCAAUGCAGAGCCUCCAAUAGAAACCUUUGCGCUAUUGCCAACGAAUGGACCGAGUAUUACACGGACGACACGGACAACAGGCGUGGAGGCUGCCUUCUGAGCUGGGGUAUCAUUCCGGGAUACUACGGUGGGGAUGCGAACGUGCUAUCGUCCGAAGCGUUCGAGAACUGGCAGCCGACGGUGUCUGGGAAUCCCUGGCUCUUCUCCGGCGAGCUCGCGCCCAUCAGCAGCCUCGUCCAGGACGCGAAGAAGAGGGCGUCCAUGGAGGAAGCGGUCAUCGACCAUUACUGCAUGCGUAUUUGA